CCUUUCUACACACAAAACUCAAAACAACCACGCAUCCCUAUGUCCCUUCCAACUUCACACCAUGAUCAUGUUCCCUCCGCCGAAGCUAGUAGCCGUAAUAUCAUCCGCCGCCGUGGCCACGGUGGCCGCCGUGGCGACGAUGUCAUCAUCAACAACUCAUGAUAAUAAUGAUCACAACCUUCAUCAUCUCUCCCAGCUUCUGAACUUCCUCCACAGCAGCACCGCCGCCGUGUCCUCGUGGCUGACGCCUCCCUACCUCUACCUCCUCGUCAACGCCAUCAUCGUCUCCCUCCUCGCUUCCGCCAAGAUCCACUCCAGAACCGCCGCGGCGAGUCCUGGCGACGCGGUGGACAUAGGACGGCGCCGUCCACCGACGACGUUGUUGGAGACCGAUGGGGGAAGUGGUAGUAUUGUUGCACCACCGCCGGAGUCCGGUUCUCCGACGCCUGGAGAAGCAACCAACUUUACUCCCUCCAAAGGCGGCGGCAGUAAGGCGGCGGCGGCGGGGUUAGGGCGGAACGGCACGCUGGACAGCACGUGGAACAUGAUAAGGGAAGGGCGUCACGUGCCGAUAACCAGGCACCUGAAGAAGUCGGACACGUGGAACUCGAGCCACGUGUCUCCUCCGCCGUCUUCGGCGGGAAAGGCGAUGAAGAAAUCCGAGACGUUCAUCAGAGAUGCCGGGAAAGCUGCUGGGCCGGCCGUCGCGGCGGGGAAAGUGGUGAGGAGGAGGAGGGAGCCGUCGCUGAGUCAGGAGGAGCUGAACCGGCGGGUGGAAGCGUUCAUCGACAACUUCAACGAGGAGAUGCGGCUGCAGCGGCAAGAGUCGCUCAAUCGCUACAAGGAGUCGCUUCGAGGUGGCGAAGUUUUUUCGUUUUAGGUUUUUGACUAAGGAGGAUGAUUAUGGCGGGUUUAGUAGCAAAUUAAUUAAGCUACGACGACGAUGGACGAUGUAAAUAAAUAAUAUUUGAAAAUAAUGAGCUCUU